AUGGGUAGCAUUGUUGUUCUUGUUAAACAUUCAGGAAGAUGGAAUUAUGAGCAAGAAUAUGAAGAGUACAUGAGUGAUGCGAUAUUGUUGAGCGUAAACUCUAUGGAUAAUUUCAGCAGAAUUGUAAGUUCAUCAUUGUGUAAUUCGGAAAGUCUAAAGAUGUCUGUCAGUGUGAGUAACGUGGGAAAUAUAAGUACUCAACGAGCAUUAAUAGUUACUCCGUCAGAAGAAUGUUUGGAUGUAUUUGAAAUGGAUACAAGUAGAGUUAUUAUCUCCGACCCACAUCACAAACAUAUUGAGGUUGAUCAAGUUUAUAUCUCGAAAAGAGUAUUAAAAUCAGUUAUGAAGGACUAUUCAAUUCGUGAAAAGUUUCGAACACUAUCUGUAAGAUCGAGUAAAACCUGUUAUACAUUGUUGUGCAGAUCCGAUAAUUGUACUUUUUUAUUUCAUGCAUCUGAUAUCGGUGAAUCUGGAAUGUUUAAUGUUAGAGAAUUUUUACCAGAACAUACCUGUCCGAUCAAAAAUAAUAUUUAUCCUAAAUUGCAUGCUACUAGUAAGUUGAUUAGUGGUAUAGUCAAACCAAAAUUUAAAUGCCACAAACGGAAAUACAGUCCAUCUGAAAUUAGAAGUGAUAUAAAGGAAGACAUGGGUAUGGAUUUAACAUAUAUUAUGUGUUGGCGAGCCAAGGAGCAAGCACUUGAAGAGUUAAGAGGGAAACCAGCAGCAUCAUAUGGGAAACUACCUGCAUACAUUCAUGUGCUAAACACUAGUUAUCCCGGUCAUCUAAGAGGACUGUAUAGUGAAAUUUUCGUAGCUGCAUGUACCAUGAAUGGAGCUGGACAUAUAUUUCCUUUCGGCUAUGGAGUUCUUGAUUCUGAAAAUGAUGCUUCUUGGACUUGGUUCUUUAAAAAUCUGAAGGAAGCAUAUGGUGAGAGAAGAGAAAUGUGUGUAGUUUCUGGUCGUAAUGCAAGCAUCAUAAAAGCUGUAAGUGAGGUGUAUAAUGAUGUACCACAUUAUGCAUGCAUGUGGCAUUUAUGGGGAAAUGUGAAAAAAAACUUUAGAAAAUCACAUGAUGCAUUAUCCGAUGUCUUCUACACAAUGGCAAAAUCAUAUUCAAUGACUGAAUUUCACGGUUUAAUGGAGAAGGUGGAGGCAGUUGAUGUUAGAGUGAAGAAUUACUUGAAUUUGACGGGAUACGAUAAACAGCAGGCAUUGUAUACUUUUACAGAUUUUAUUGGUAAGUUUCAACAAAUUCUACAACAGAAUGAAGCGGAGAGUACACAUAUGAAGGUUAUACCUGCAUCAGAAUGUAUCUAUACAGUCCACGACAAGGAGAAAUAUUUUAUUGUUUGUCUUAAUGAAAAGAAAUGUUCUUGCAAUGCAUUUCAGUUGGAUGAGAUAACGUGUGUUCAUGCUUGUGCAGUUCUUGAUAGCAAGAAUUUUAAGAACGGACCAUAUUGCUUUGAACUAUACAAGCCAAAAACAGUCUUGAGAACAUAUGAUGUUCCAGUUUAUCCUCUACCACACAAAGACAACUAG